AUGGAAAGAGAAGCGUUUACCGAGUCUGACGAGGAAAACAUCCAAGUGAUUCUAAACCCAUAUCCUUUGGCUACCGAAAACGCCCUAAACGGAAUAGACGCAUCCAGUGAUCCAGAAGAAAGAAAUAAGUUUGUCCAGGAUCUCUCCAUCAUUCUGUCAAACUAUGCUGCUGUUUUGAAUCCAAAGGUCCAGGAAAAGUUCCCAGCACUCGUCCGCCUACUGAAGAGCAAGGACAUAUACAAUUCCAGUGCCCUGAUGCUGUCGGAUGCAUGUCGGCAUAUAGUCGGCAUCCAAAAUGCAUUCAAAGCCCUUGGUGUCUUCGAGAAUCUGGAUUUCACCCCAGACCAUUACAAGGCAUCUGUAUCUCUGGUAUACUCCCUGUGCAUGGAGAACAAGACCAAUACAACGUACUUCAUCGAAAAAUACUAUAAUGAGGAGCGGGAUAAAGACAAUCCUCUUUUACAAAGCAUCAGAAACCAGUCGUUUUGA